AGAAUGAAUGCGGGCGGUUUUCAAGCGCUUGUCAUUAUUUUCUUGUUGAAUAACUCACUCAUCCGAGGUCAUGCUGAUGCUGCUGAAAGAAAGGAAAUCUCAUCAAAAAAGCCCAAGUAUGACUCCAUCAUAGACAAAGCUGUGGAUGAUCUUCUGGCCAUCAUCGCAAAUCCCAAGUUAUUUCGCGUACAGGAAAGCAAAAACAAAAGAGAUGGUCAACUGAAGCAUCCCUUGAAUGGCUAUUCAGACCAUGUGCCUCAUCAAGCUGCUCUGGUAAUUCCUUCAAAGGAUUCUGGCCCAGAAAAUAUAAUUUGCUCUGGGGCUUUCAUUUCAUCCCAGUGGGUUCUCACUGCUGCUCACUGUUUCCGCUUCCCUUGUAAAGUGGCUUCAUCUGUGUUGACUGACACACCUUUCUGUGUUGAAGGAUCUGCAGUAGUGUCCACUUGGACAGCUCUGAAUGAGUCCAAGUCUCACUACAAGGAACCACAGCAUCAAGUCCUCGUCCAAUACCCAGUACCAGUGCUCACUCCAGUCAUUUGCAGCCUUCUGUUCCCAGUGCAAAAACACCAAAUUUGCGCGGGUCACGUGGGCGGAAAUGAAACCAGCAGCCAAAAAGGUCGUCCCUCUGUCUCUGGCGCACCUUUGCUCUGCGACUAUGACCCUAUGGGACCCAAAUACACUAGCAAUACUAAGGGCAGCCCACAUCAGAUGAGUCUAAUGAAAAAACGUCGUUCUUCUUUUGGUGUGACUCAUCAGCAGGGACCCGAAGAAUACCUUUGUGGGAUCUUGUCAUUUGGAGAUGCCAAUUCGUCGACUGUCAAUCCACACCGGGCAAAUGUCUACACCAAAUUGACUGACACACCUUUCUGUGUUGAAGGAUCUGCAGUAGUGUCCACUUGGACAGCUCUGAAUGAGUCCAAGUCUCACUACAAGGAACCACAGCAUCAAGUCCUCGUCCAAUACCCAGUACCAGUGCUCACUCCAGUCAUUUGCAGCCUUCUGUUCCCAGUGCAAAAACACCAAAUUUGCGCGGGUCACGUGGGCGGAAAUGAAACCAGCAGCCAAAAAGGUCGUCCCUCUGUCUCUGGCGCACCUUUGCUCUGCGACUAUGACCCUAUGGGACCCAAAUACACUAGCAAUACUAAGGGCAGCCCACAUCAGAUGAGUCUAAUGAAAAAACGUCGUUCUUCUUUUGGUGUGACUCAUCAGCAGGGACCCGAAGAAUACCUUUGUGGGAUCUUGUCAUUUGGAGAUGCCAAUUCGUCGACUGUCAAUCCACACCGGGCAAAUGUCUACACC